GGAAGCCUGCUCUCGAUGGUCUUUAUUGACGUCAUUUCCGGCGACUCUCCGUCGCUUCCGCCGCGUCUCGUUGGUUCCGGCGAGCGGAGAGCGGGGGUGAAAGUGACUUUGAGAGCCGCCAUGGCAGAGGACAUGAAGCUGAAGCUUUGCCGCUACAAGACGGCGCCGUUCGACAGCCGCUUCCCCAACCAGAACCAGACCCGCAACUGCUGGCAGAACUACCUGGAUUUCCAGCGGUGCCAGCGCGCCAUGGACGCCCGCGGCGCCGAUGCCACCCCGUGCCAGUGGUACUUCCGCGUCUACAAGUCCCUGUGCCCGACCUCGUGGGUGACGGCGUGGGACGAGGCCCGUGAGGAGGGGACCUUCCCCGGCAAGAUCUGAGCUGUCCCCGAGCCCCGGUGACACCGGGGGGACACGGCCGGGGGGAGGUGGCACCGCGGGGGGAGGGGGGGACACGGCUGCUCCC